CCUGGUGAGUCCUGCGCAUGUUGGAUCGCAUACGACGACUGGAAGUCGCUUCUUCUCGUUUAAAUAUCUAAAAGCACUUUAAGCAAGUUUGGACUAAGAAGAAUACUGCAACAAAGUGCAGUGCCUGGAAAGUUUAUAUUGAUUUCAAAUGGCCUGAGGUCGGAUCUUGUUAAGCGAUUAUAAAUAUCUGGUUUUCCCGAAGACGCAAAGAAGUUUGCGGGACGUCUGAUCACCAUGGAGGAUUAAAAUUAUUUUCAGUUUUUUUUCGCAUUGAAUGUUAAAAAUGUAUCUACCUGCGCCCCGUUCCUCCUGAUUUUGGUCCAAGUUUGUUUUUAACCACAGCUAUCUGUGGCGAUAAUAGGAAUGGACCAUUAAACUUGGUCUGCAAGAAGAGUCUUAGAGAAAAGGAUUCAUGGAUUGAGAUAUUGAACUUUCAGCUGAAGUGUAAAGUGCCUCAUGAAAGACUGCGAGAUGUGUGGAGGAGAGUGACGGACGGCCAUGGGACUGGAGAGACGGUGCCUUCAGGCUGUCACCACUGCUGUAGCCAUCUGUCUGCUAAGUGUGUCUCAGGGUUUGGCAUCGCUGGUCCAUGCCAGAGAGGGAGGCUCUGCAGAGCUGGACUGUAGUCUGACUCCAUCAUCCAAAGAAGCCACCACCCCGAACCUCUUUCCAUUACAUGUUGUGGAGUGGGUGCGCCUUGGCUACAAUGUACCUGUUCUCAUUAAAUUCGGAGUGUAUGCUCCUCGUGUUCAUCCUAAUUAUAAAGGGCGUGUGUCUCUGACCCGGGGCGCCUCUUUGCUGGUAGAACGGCUGACCCUGGAAGAUGAGGGCUGGUUCGAGUGUCGCAUCCUUCUCCUAAACAGCAGAACCGACAACUUUCAAAAUGGCACAUGGACCUUCCUCUCCAUCACAGCUCCACCUGUGUUCAUUAAGACGCCACCAACUUUUGUGGAGGUUCUCCUCGGAGACUCGUUGACUCUUAGCUGCGGCGCCCACGGCAACCCUCGACCAACGAUUGUCUGGCAUAAAGAUGAGAGUCCAAUUGAGAAACAUGAAAAAAUAAAAGUCCUGAAUGGUACCCUCUCUCUGGCCACUGUCACAAGAAAUGUUUCAGGAGUGUAUAAAUGCCACGUGUCUAACUCAGAGGGGAACCUGACCCACUAUAUGCAGCUGCAGGUUCAGGGUCCUCCGAUCAUCCUCAUCUCCCCUGAGGACACAACUCUCAAUAUGUCUCAGGAUGCUGUUCUGCAGUGUCAGGCAGAUGCUUACCCUUCAAACCUUACCUACGAGUGGCUGAAACAAGGACAGAACGUUUACCACAUCGAGUCCCUUAAAUCCAGAGUGAAGAUUUUGGUGGAUGGAACUCUUCUGAUCCCUAAUCUCAUUCCAGAAGAUGCUGGCAACUACACCUGUAUUCCAACUAAUGGAAUACUGUCUCCACCCUCAGCUUCUGCCCAUCUGAAAGUGAAACAUCCUGCACGUGUAGGACGAAUGCUGCGUGAAACCUAUCUGCCAGCAGGAAUGGAGGGGGUCAUUUUCUGCCCUGUUCAGGCCGACCCGCCUGUUCUGUAUGUAAACUGGACCAAAGACGGGAAUGAGCUGAAUCUUGACAACUUUCCAGGUUGGAUGGUGAACUCAGAGGGCUCGGUGUUUAUAGCAACAGCCAAUGACAAUGCUGUAGGCAUGUACACCUGUACUCCUUAUAACAGCUAUGGCACAAUGGGCCAGUCUGAGCCCACCAAAGUAAUUUUACAGGAUCCACCAUCAUUUCGAAUCCCCCCUCUGCCAGAGUAUCUCCAGGAGGUCGGCCGAGAGUUGAUCAUCCCCUGUGAAGCCAGUGGAGAUCCUGUCCCAAACAUAACCUGGAGCAAGAUUGGCCAUAGUCCUCGUUCGCCGUACAUUGUGUUGUCUAAUGGAUCCCUCUUGCUGCAGCCCCUGAGCAAAGAUCACCAUGGGGGCUGGGAGUGUUUGGCCACCAAUCGUGUAGCCACUGUCAGUGCAGGCACUGUUGUCUUUGCACUGGGCACCAGUCCUCAUGCUGUAUCCUCAGUGACAGUUACCACAGAGAUGAACCAGGCCAAUGUGUCCUGGGUCCCAGGAUUUGAUGGUGGAUUUACCCAAAAAUUUACUGUGUGGGUGAAGCAAACAUCCAGGGGGAAACAUGAAUGGGCAUCUUUGCCUGUGCCAACAUCCAAAAACUACCUGCUUGUGACGGGUUUACUCGCAGGCACUGGCUAUCAGUUCAGUGUCCUACCUCAGAAUAAACUCGGCUCAGGAUCUUUUAGUGAAAUUGUAUCUGUACGGACUAAAGCUGUGCCAACAGAGCUACCUAAAGCUGCCACAGGUCUCCCAGCCUUGGAACCUCCCAUGCUGCUGUCGGCCAACCGGACCGGAAGAGGCAUUCUCCUGCAGUGGCAGCCUCCUGAGGCUCCACUCUCUCCACUGACAGGUUUUGUGCUGCAGGCCCGCAGAGAUCGGGGCCAGUGGGUCAUCACUGUAAGCAACAUCCAUGCCAAUCAGAGCGAAUUACUUGUGCAAGGACUGCUAAGGGACUCGGUGUAUGAUUUGAGGUUGAUGUCACGCAGCAACAAAGUGCUCAGUGAACCGAGUGAGUCUGUGAGUGUAUCCACAGCAGGAAUGGAGAUUUACCCCCUCAGCCCUAGUUUCUUGGAAGUCAUCCAUGAACCGUUGAUGGCUGGUGUGAUAGGGGGAGCAUGCUUUCUGUUUCUGGCCAUCAUCCUCUCGUUGGUGACAGCUUGCUAUAUGAGCAACAGGAGACAGCGGAAACGCAGAAAGAAAAGACAAGACCUGCCAGCUGCUCUUCAGAAGAGCCCAUCUCACGAAACACAGUCACCAUCACGCAGCCCAGACAGUGUCCUCAAGUUUAAACUUUGUCCACCUCUUCCCUUCUUUCCCAACUCCACAUCAUCACAAUGUGAUCGCUCCUCGUUUGACAAAGGCAGCCGUGGGGAAUACCACGAUCAGAGGAAACAGCUUUUGUCCAACUCGUCUCCUCCACCUCAUUACACGCUCUUUGAGAGUCACCUGGGUUCUCAAGCGCCUUCACCGACUGCUCUGGAGUCAAUUUCCCGAGGCCCAGACGGGCGCUUCAUUGUUCAGCCACUGCCGGAGGGUUCAAGUCCUUCCAAUAAAAACAGUAUAAAGAAGCAUGUCCUGCAAAGUAAUGGGAGCGUAAGCGGGUUGGGGAGCAACAGGACGUCAAUCAGGGACUCUCCAAAGUCAAGCAUUUUGAGCUCAGAGAAGGAUGAGAGGAAGGAAUCUCCUCUGACGGUGGACGUUCCAGAGUUAAGCAGACCUCCUGCAUCCCCUGGUAGAGUACGAGCCAUGGCAAGAAACUUCUCCCGUCACGGCUGCUUCUACUCCGAUGAUGAACAAGGCUCCGAGACUCUUCUGGAAAGAGUCAGCUUUUACUCCGAUAACAGUGAGAGAAAGCCCACUGAUUCCCUACGGAGGUACCGCAUGCUGGGCAACACUGAAGACCUGUUCUCCAGUUUGGGGAGGAGAACAAGACUGCUUGAUAGAGACAGACCCCAUGAUAGAGGUUACCAACCCAUGGAGAGCCACCUGAGUGACAACAGCACCCUGGUCUCCCAGCUUGAGAGCGAGCUGAAGAGGGAUAGUGUUAAUAAGUGUGUCCAAUUGGCAAAGGAGAGGGAAGAAAUUGAGAGGGAGUUGAAGAAUUUCACAACUGAUCAAAGACAUCACAGUCGAGUGAGGGAAGAGCCUUCUCCAUCCAGUAAAACAGAAGAUCCUCAACGGGAUGAGCCCGAAUCAGUGGAAGAACCUGUGUGGAAACCUCAAGAAGUUACAAUCAGACAGAAGUACGGGCCCUCAGAUAUGACAAGUCGGGUUUCUGACUAUAGGAGAGCGUGCUACUUUGGAAACACUAGCAGCCCGCUGAACAGGCUCCCCACAUCUCAUAUUCAAUGGGACAUUAGCCCUGUUACAUCUGUCACCAGCCUCAUUCCUGUUAAGACUCCUCGUGAGGCCAUGUCCCCCGUGCCAUCUAGACAAACCACAGAGGACUCUCUUGCUUUAGAUUCAUUGAAAUCGUCGGUCACCCAGAAUACCUCCCUGCCCAUGCUCUCCCCUGAUGCCACACCAGAUAAAGCUAAGUCAUUGAGUCCCCCGAAAAAGCAAGAGGCAUGCACUAAGUUUGACACCGAGCAGAUCUUAGCGGAAGAGACACAGGACGUAGGUGUUGUUUCUAGAUCAAGGAGCCUAUUAGCUUUUCAGCUGCGGGAUUUAGCCAUCACAGAUAGACCUGAAGGUUCAGCUUCUGUACAGUAUAACCAGACUGAGAGAACAGCAGAUGCAGAUUACACAACCACAAGGGAUCCCAGUCCCUGUAGUUCUUCAAUCUUACACUACGAUCAUCAUAAAGUAGGAGCCAAGUCCAAAGACAGAGAAACUCAGGGCCGCAAUGACCAGCGAGCUUCAGGGUUUUACUCGGAGUUGGAGAGGGAAGGUGUCCGAACACGCUCCAGGAGGAGUGACAAAUGUCUCCUCCCUGACAGUCCUAGCCCGAUCUCAACCUUAACUCUUUUCGAAGAAGUCGGGAGUGACCAGUCUCAGUUUUUAGUUCCCGAAAUGUCCGACUCCCUUAAAGCCAAGUCCACAACGCUGUCCCCCAAAAUGUCCCCAAACCAGACAAGUGCAAUCCUUGAAUACCUGAGCCUUCCAGGUUUCAUUGAAAUGAGUGUGGAUGAGCCUGUGGAAGAGGUUCAGGUGACCAACACUACCAAACAAAGCGCAGAACAAAAACCUGAAGAAGAAUCUGUUGUUGCAAAACCUGAUGUAGUUCCUAGAAACUGGGAGGUUCGUGUUCAGGAAAACAAAGAAACUGUGUCAUGUCAGAAACAAUGUGAUUCUCUGGGUGCAUCAGAUUCCAGCUUUGAUGCUUCUAAAAAACAAGGGAAUAGGAGAUCCCCUCAUGUUGAAACCAGAGUAAGAUUCCCUGAUGACCCAAGGCCGUCCUCAUCGGGCCCAGAAAAAACAAGCAGGGAGCUCUAUGAUGAGAAAACAAGGAUUCGAGGAGGGAAUAUCUGCGCCGGCAGGCCUGAAUCCAGACUUGGGUCCAGGUCCGCUCACACCUUAUUCAGUGCAGCUAAAAGCAUGGCAGACAUUGUGUCAAAGCAUUCUCAGAGAUGUGUGAACAGUGAUGACUUUUUAUCAGAGCAGCCCCAAAUACAAGCUUCUCAGGGAAGCAGGACAAAUAAAAUAGUGUCGCGAAUAACUCAAGCCCCUGUGCCAUUUCUAAAGAAAUCCUUAAGCCUUGGUCCCUGUAGGACUCUCUCAGGUGUGACUCAACCUCGCCCUUACCUUAAGAAAUCCAUCAGCUUAGGCUCUCAGAGGUGGGAGCACUUUGAAAGCCCGAGAACAUAUAUUUCUGAGAAAUGUUACUGGGAUGAGCUCCCAAACCCAGAUGAGAGGGUAAAGUCCUACAGUUUGGGCCGCAUGCCCUCUACCCUCCCUACAUUGGGCCCCUGCUGGAGAGAAUACAUCCCAUUUCGACGUCCCAGCAUGGGGAGCUUAGAGAGGCCCCACCUCGCACAAAGAUCUUUCGCUAGUCCUUCCUACCUCACUCCUAUGUACCCACCUAGACAAACCUUAAUGUCUCCAAUGCUUGAGCCCUCAGAUCCUCGACGCCAAGCUGCCAUUUUCCCUGAAUCCUCUAGGUGGUCCCCCUCUUAUCAAGACACACUGAGGCCUAUCCAGCAUCAGUAUGUCCCUACGCUGACCUCUAAUCCUCUACCAUACGACCAGCACUGGCCAGAUUCCAGAGGAGAAAGCUUGAGACAUUUUGACACCAGAAUAGGCCCUCCAAGAUCCUACUUGCCCAGGGGCAUCAGCUGGCCUUCUCCUUAUUACUCUGCCUUCCCCCCCAGGGAGGGAGAAAGCUACAGACAUCCAGACAGGAUGAUGGGGAGGGGCGGGGAUGCUGAGAUCAGGGGGAGGGCCAGUUAUGCCAGUCAGAGCAGUGGUAGAGGCAGUGCUGGUCUCUUCAGACAGUCCCUGUCCAUCACUCCCACCCUCCUCAGCUCACCAGAAACCACAGAGGAACAUGAACGCCACAGAGCUGAGAUGGAGCUGGCUGAGAGGAGGGUGAAAAGAAGGAACACAUCAGUAGAUGAAAGUUAUGAGUGGGACUCUACUGAUGCAUGUUUGGACUCCGAGGUCCUGGAGGCCACGAAGUCUGACCAGUCUCAAGCUGGUUUUCAGAGAGGCAGGAGGGAAAUGGGAUCUGAUCAAACUGGUGGCCUCCGGGAUCAGCGACAGAAAGGCCCACCUCCCCCUGUCUACCCUCCUCGCUCGCUAAGUGAGGCACGCUUCAACGCUCUCCGCCUGGAGUACCAAGAGUACAGGCGGGCUCAGGGGUCCACCUGUGCCCGAGAGCCAUGCUUCCACCCUGGCCACGAUUCGGACUCUGACUCCAGCUCAGCGCUGCUCUAGCAGCUGAACUCGGUGCAUCAAAGACAGAAACCAAAUAGCAGUUAUACUGAGCAGACAACCGCACCAUGGUCCUAAACACUGGAAACAUUUAAUUCUUGUUAAAGAUUUUAAUCUUCUGUUGCAGCAGCUUCAAGAGAAGCUGUUUUCAGUCUUGUUCUGCUUGAUUUUGUUUCAGUGUGCUUUGCAUAGUGAAAAAGCGACAAUCGGAUAAAGUGAAGGGAUGAAAUGGUAAUGUUCACAGUUCGAAAUGAAAAAGACAAGCUUUAUUAAACAAGCAGUCAGCAACUUAUUAAUAAAUUCAUUGCAUGUUAAUGCUUUUAAAGUCCAAGACUCCCUUGUGGUGAUUAAAAAAAGGAUGCUUCUGACAGGUCUGUAGGUGUACAAGACAACGUCUCUGUGAGCAUGUCUUCAUCUGUAUCCUUGCCUGUGAAUAAAUGGUGCUAGUUGUGCUCUUUCUUCAUCUCCAUUUUAAUUAAUGACGCAGUACUAACUGUUAGGUACCUCCAAUAACUGUACUUUGAUCGAAAAUGCCCCUGCAGUCCAACGUUUAUGUUUUUAGAAGCUGAGGCUGUGUCUGUGGUUUACCUGCUGAUUGCCCGGAAUCAUCUCUGCGCUGUGUCCCGUUAACCUCAUAGUAUGUUGUUUAAUGUGUAUAGAUGUUCAUGUGCAUAGUUUAUUGUUAAUAAGUCCUGCUGUUAUUGGAUUGAAUUCAUCAUUGCUCCCAUCAGUUGAGAAAAUCCCACUUGACUUCACCUGAAAAACGUCCCCCUUUAACAGGGAGGGUGAUCUUUGCCUUAUUUUUGUUAAUUAAACAAUGACAGGACAGCUGGGAUAAACAAAAAGAACAAUCAGAGAUUAAAAAGUAUCAAACUUUUUUUUCCCUCAUUGUGAGUGUUUCUGUGUAUUUAUUGAGAGGAGUAACAUGCAACAAUGUUUACAAUUCACAUCCCUGAUGUGAAGGCAACACUGUGAAUAUUUCAUUGACUUCAAAUUCUGUAUUUGAAUUGCAAGUCUGUUAUGAAUUUUGUGCCCACUGUAUUUGUUUUUUUUUUUACUAAAGAAAAACAAGCUGUUUUUGUACAUAAUCUGAAAAAACUAUGUAACCAACAUUUUGGUAGCUACACUUUUGGAAGAGUCAGCCUUUUUAUUGUUUUCCGGAUUAAAACACACAUGUUGGUAAGUAUGCAUUCCUAAGGAUGGCUUUGGAAGAUUUGUACAAAGAGGAAAAUUUUAUAUCUUGUCACCGUUUUUGUCAUUUUUAUAUGUUUGUAAAUGAAUAAAUUGUUAUAUUCUGAA